AGGGCGGUGCGAACAUGGCGGCAGUGGAGGCAGUGGCGGCUGCAGAGGCAACGGGGCCCUGGGCGUCUGAGGCGCCGAGUUCAUUGCUGCUCGUGGUGGGCGGCGAGUGCAGCUGCCCCGGGCUGCUGAACUACGUGUUGGAGGAGCUCGAACGAGGCCUCAGGUCCUGGGACAUUGACCCUGGCAUCUGCAGCCUGGAUGAGCAGCUCAAGGUGUUCGUGUCCCGGCACUCGGCCACCUUCUCCAGCAUCAUAAAAGGCCAACGCAGCCUGCACCACCGAGGAGACACCCUGGAGACCCUGGUCCUUCUGAACCCGUCAGACAAGUCCCUGUGUGAUGAGCUCCGGAACCUUCUCCUGGACCCUGCUCCUCACAAGCUUCUGGUGCUGGCUGGGCCCUGCCUGGAAGAGACAGGGGAGCUGCUGCUCCAGACUGGGGGCUUCUCGCCCCGCCACUUCCUCCAGGUCCUGGGGGACAAAGAGAUCCGGGAUCUCCUGGAUGCUGCACCCCCGUCUGCCGACCCGCCCAAGCUCACGAUCACUUGCCCGACCCUCGGAGACUGGGCCCAGCUGGCACCCGAAGUGCUUGGCCUCCCUGGUGGGCUCCAGCUGCAGCUGAACCCACCAGUGCAGCGGCCGGCCUCUGAAGGUCUGCGUGAGUUCCUGGAGUACGUGGCUGAGUCACUGGAGUUGCCAUCCCCCUUCGAGCUGCUUGAGCCACCAGCAUCCGUGGGCUUCCUCAGGCUCGCCCGGCCUUGCUGCUACAUCUUCCCCGGUGGCCUCGGGGAUGCCGCCUUCUUUGCCGUCAAUGGCUUCACCAUGCUGGUCAACGGCGGCUCAAACCCCAAGUCGAGCUUCUGGAAGCUGGUGCGGCACCUGGACAGGGUGGACGCGGUUCUGGUGACACAUGCAGGUGCCGACAGCCUCCCGGGUCUCAACAGCCUGCUGCGGCGCAAGCUGGCGGAGCGUGAGGAGGCAGCAGACAGUGGGGACUCUGGGGACGACAGGCUGCGCAGGCUCGUCUCGCCAGGCCUGGGCGUUGUGUUCCUCAAUGCCCGCGGGGCCACCUCUCGUCUGGUGCGUGGUGAGGAUGAGGCGGAGCUGGCCUGUAGACUCCUGGCUCGGCUGGGCAUAGAGCCUCUGCCCCUGAGCCGCGGGACGAUGCCAGCCGAGCCCACUGUGCUCUUCCAGAAAAUGGGUGUCGGCCGGCUGGACAUGUACGUGCUGCACCCGCCCUCAGCUGGUGCCGAACGCACGCUGGCAUCUGUGUGUGCCCUGCUGGUGUGGCAUCCCACAGGCCCCACUGAGAAGGUGGUGCGUGUGCUGUUCCCUGGCUGCACGCCACCUGCCCGCCUCCUGGAUAGCCUGGUCCGCCUGCAGCACUUGGGUUUCUUGCGGGAACCUGUGGUAACCCCCCAAGACCUGGCGGGGCCUCGGCGCACUGAGAGCAAGGAAAGUGUGGGUUCCCGGGACAGCUUGAGGAGAGAGGGCCGGACUACAUUGCCUGCCAGGCCUGCCCCGGAGCGCCCUGGGGUGGCCCGGAAGGAGCCGCCACGGGCUGAGGGCCCUCGCCGGGCUGAGAAGGAAGCUAGGCAUCCCCGUGAGGUGAAGAAGGACCCCAAGCCGAGCACUGCUCGGACCCAGCCCAGGGAGCUGAACCGGGCAUCCUCUACCGUGAUCAACAGCAAGAAGCCGGGUGCUCAGGCAACAUCCAAGCCCCGAAAAGCACUCAGCAGUCACCGUCCAGGUGUCCCAUUGGCGGCUAAUGGGCCGCACAGUGGCCCCAGCUUCCGGUGUGGAGAGGCAAGCCCCCCGACAGAGGCCUGCAGCUCUCCCGUCCCCCAGCUGGUGGCCACGCCCAGCCAAGGGAGCAGCCUGGAACUGGGGCUGAGCCCCACAGGGGAGGACAGUAACAGUCUAAAGACUCAGGAGCAGCUGGUGGCCAGUGGCACCUCCCCGCCACACACCCCCUCACCAGCUGGAGCCCAGCAGGGCCCGGCUGAGGGCAGUAGGCAGCUGUCGCUGAGCCCUCUGCGCGGCGGGGAGGUGGGGCCAGAUGCCUCCCCCACAGUGACCACACCUUCCCUGCCUGCUGAGGUAGGCUCCCCACACUCCACAGAGGUGGAUGAGUCCCUGUCCGUCUCCUUUGAGCAGGUGCUGCCACCGCCCCCUGUCCCUAUGAGUGAGGCAGGGCUGAGCCUCCCACUUCGAGGCCCCCGGGUGCGGCGCUCGGCCUCCCCGCAUGACGUGGACCUGUGCCUAGUGUCGCCCUGUGAGUUCGAGCACCGCAAGGCCCUGCCCAUGGCCCCCACGUCCCCCGGCAGCUCCAAUGACAGCAGCGCUCGGUCCCAGGAGCGGGCAGGUGCUCUCGGGGCUGAGGAGACACCGCCCACAUCCGUCAGUGAGUCCCUGCCCACGCUGUCUGACUCGGACCCCCUGCCUGCUGCCCCUGGCACUGUGGACUCAGAUGAGGACAUGGAGGGCUUUGGGGUCUCUCGCCGCAACCCACUGCCCGACCCCCUCAAGGUCCCCCCACCGCUGCCCACCCCACCCAGCAUCUGCAUGGUGGACCCCGAGCUAUUGCCCCCCGAACAGUCCCGGCGGACAGAGGGCCUUGGCCGUGCCCGGAAGCCCCUAGCCCGCUCCGCCCCCAGUACUGCUGCUCCCAAAGCCACUCCAGCGACCACUGCCAAGACCAAGGGGCAGGCUAGUGGGAACCGGGCCAGUCGGCCUCUCAGCGCCCGGAGCGAGGCCAGUGACAAGGGAGGUCGGGCACCCCUGUCCAGAAAGCCCUCAGUCCCCAAGACGGCCACUCGGGGUCCAUCGGGGACAGCCAGCGGCCGGCCACGUGGGCUGGAGCCCUCGCCUGGCUCCCCUGUCUACCUUGACUUGGCUUAUCUGCCCAGCGGGGGCAGCAUCUGCCUGGUGGAUGAGGAGUUCUUCCGGCGGGUCCGCGCGCUCUGCUAUGUCAUCAGCGGUCAGGACCAGCACAAGGAAGAAGGCAUGCGGGCCGUCCUGGACGCACUGCUGGCUGGCAAGCAGCAGUGGGAUCGUGACCUCAAGGUGACCCUGAUCCCCACGUUCGACUCAAUGGCCAUGCACGAGUGGUAUGAAGAGACGCAUGCUCGGCACCAGGAGCUGGGCAUCACAGUGCUGGGCAGCAACAGCACCGUGUCCAUGCAGGAUGAGGCCUUCCCCGCUUGCAAGGUGGAGUUCUAGCCCUACCCCACCCCACCCCACCC